ACGACAAUUAUGACUUUAAUUUCAUUUCGACAUGUCACGUGACUGUCAUUGGUUGUCACGUGUAACGUCAUCACGCACACCCCGCUUCCAGAAGUUACGCAGGACGUGCAGUGGUUCAAAGAGGAAGGAAGAUGGCGGAUAACAAAGACGAGGGAGAGAUGGAAUCGCCUGCAAAUUCAGACCCAGUGCCUUCGGCGCCGGUGGGCGACCUUCCAGAAGCGCCGAAAGAUGUUGCAGACGCAGUCGCUGAAGAGAAUAGACAGCGGGGAGACGAAUCCGAGUCCCGAGAUGGGGUUAACGAAGCACCGACUCCCGCCAGAGACGGAGCAGACGAUAGCAGGAGCAGCAGCAGCGGCGGCGGCACUGUUGCCGCAGGAGUGGACGCUCUGAGCCCGGCCGGGGUCGCGGCUAACACCGAGGAUCCAGCUACAGCUGAACCCCUGACUGCCGGGGAUGCGCCUUCUGCCGGACUGACAACCGAAAUGUCCCCUCCUCCUAACGCUCCGGCGGUAACCCCCGUUAAUUUGCUGGAUACAUGCGCAGUAUGUAAACAAAGUCUUCAGAGCCGUGAAUGUGAGCCCAAACUUCUCCCCUGUCUGCACUCGUUCUGCCUAAAAUGUAUCCCCCACCCAGAGAGACAAAUAAGCGUGCAGGUACCCGGACCACACGGACAAACUGACACACACAUAGUGAAUGUAAUGCGCUGCGCCGUGUGCCACCAGGACUACAAACAGAGCGAUAUCAUCGACAAUUACUUUGUAAAAGACACUUCAGAGUCGACCAACACGUCCGACGAGAAGUCUGCACAGGUGUGUACAAGCUGCGAGGACAAUGCUGGAACCACAGGCUUCUGUGUAGAAUGUGGAGAGUGGCUCUGCCAAACUUGCGUGGAAGCCCACCAGCGAGUCAAAAUUACGAAGGACCACAAGAUUCGCACUAAAGAGGACGCUAACAAAGCUUCGGAUACGACGGGCCCGCCCGGACAGAGACCCGUGUUCUGUCCCAUCCACAGGCAGGAGCCCUUGAAGCUUUUUUGUGAAACGUGCGACACCCUGACAUGUCGGGACUGUCAGCUGCUGGAACACAAGGAACACAGGUAUCAGUUCUUAGAGGAAGCGUUCCAGAAUCAGAAGGGAAUCAUUGAGAGCACAAUGGCCAAGCUACAAGACAAGAAGAACUAUGUCCACUAUUCUGUCUCUCAAGUGCAAAGCAGAUUAAAGGAGCUGAAUGAAACCCACAAGAAGGUGGAGCGGGAGAUCAAAAUAGCUGUCUUCACUCUUAUUAAUGAAAUUAACAAGAAGGGAAAGUCCUUGCUCCAAAACCUUGAGAAUGUGACCAAGGAGCGCAGCAUUCGACUUGUCGCUCAGCAUAAAGACACCGCUCAGCUGGCGCAGCAGAUUCAACACGUGCUCAAGUUCUGCCACUGGGCCAUCAGCACCGGCAGCAGCACCGCUCUGCUCUACAGUAAACGUCUGAUUCUAUUCCAACUCCGCCAGCUCUUCAAAGCCAGACUAGAACCAGCGCCUCUAGCCAACGGAGUGGUGCGCUUCUUCUGUGACCCGACCUUCUGGGCCAAAAACGUGGUCAACCUAGGGAAUUUGGUGAUUGAGAAGCCACCCCCACCGGUACAACCGCCCGGCGUCAUGGCCGGCGGGCCGGCCCUCACUUCAGGAAAGCAUCCAGGGCAGAUUAAUCUGGCUCAGCUGCGGCUGCAGCACAUGCAGCAGGCCGCCUACGCGCAGCAGAAGCAGCACCAACACCAGCAGCAGCACCAACAGCAAAUCCAGCAACAGAUGCGCAUCGCAUCCCAAAUGUCGCAGCAGCACCCCAGACAGGCCGGUCCCGCUCUGGUCCAGCAGCAGCCUCCCCGACUCAUCAGUAUGCAGCAGAUGCCGCGAGGGCCUGCGGGCAUAAACGGCAUGUACCCGUCCCCGCAGCAGCUGCGGCUACAAGGUUCUCCGCAGGGUCGCCUGCCCAGUAAUCAGCCGAGACUCAAUGGACAGCAGUAUCCUCCCAUGAUGCAGCCGCAGAUGCAGAGACAGAUGUCUAUAGAAUCUGAGAUGAGCCACCAAAGGUUUCGUUUCUUACUGCAAUCCGGGCAUUCUAACCCCGGGCACGCUGGCCCGUUCCCAGUGGCGUCUCUCCAUAAUGCCAACCCCACAAGUCCCACCAGUGCCAGCAUGGCUGGAGCCCAUGUUCACAGAGGCCCAGCCAGCCCAGUCAUCGGCCCCAUCGAACUUAUCCCCUCUGUCACCAACCCAGAGAACCUCCCCUGCCUUCCAGAGAUCCCGCCCAUCCAGCUGGAAGAUGCUGGAUCAAGCAACCUCGGACACCUCUUGUCUCGCUACAUUACGGCAAGCACACAACAAGCUUCUUUGGACAUGAUCGCCUCCCCUGGUCUGUCGCCUGGAUCUUCAGGUCUGUCCAGCUCACACACGCCUGCGAGACCCUCCAGCACAUCAAGCACAGGCAGCAGAGGCAGCUCUAGUUCAGCAGGAAAAGCAGGGACGGGAAGCGGAGCCGGGGUGGAGGCGGUGCGGGUAAAGCAAGAACCAGGAACUGAAGAUAGCUCCACGUGCACGACUUCGUCUGUGAAAACGGAGCGCAACAAGGAUGCAGGCAGGAGCGCCUGCAUGAUGAGCAGCCCCGAGAACAGCCCUUUGCCAGUUUUAGGAGUCGUAUCAGCUGGUCAAGAUGCUCUUAAGAUCCUAGGGGAACACAUGAAGACGGAGCCGCUGACCGAACUCGGAUGUUCCGGACUUAACGGCUCCAGUUCGUCUUCUAUGGACUUUAAUUUCCACAACCUGCUGAACGCCGAGAGCGCCGGCGGCACGACGGUGACCGGACUCACAAACGGAAAUGCAAGCAAUCCAACGGAGAACCAGACGUCGACACAAACUGGCAACUCAGCUGGGAAGGAGGACGACCCCAACGAAGACUGGUGUGCUGUGUGCAUCAACGGAGGCGACCUGCUGUGCUGCGACCGCUGCCCCAAAGUGUUCCACAUGAAGUGCCACGUGCCCACCAUCAAAAUAUUUCCAAAGGGCGACUUCCUCUGCACGUUUUGCCGAAGUCUGACGAGUCCAGAGAUCGAGUACUGUGACAACAGCAGGAGAAUGAAAGGAGAUCAAGUCCUGAGUCCUGAAGACCAAAGGAAAUGUGAGCGCCUCCUUCUGUACAUCUUCUGCCACGAGCUCAGCGUUAGCUUCAGGGAGCCUGUUCCUACCUCUGUGCCAAACUACUAUAAGAUCAUCAAGCAUCCCAUGGACCUGAAGAAGGUGAAGAAAAAGCUUCAGAUGCGGAGUUCCCAGUACUAUCAGUCCCUGCAGGAGUUUGUGUCCGACAUGCGUACAGUCUUCCGAAACUGCGCCAAGUACAACGAGAUUUCACGAAUAAUCCAGGUUUAUGAUGAGGAGAGAAAGAUUAAUAUGGAGGUGGGAUCCGAGAUGGCCAACACCGGCAAAGCGGUGAGCGUCUACUUUGAAGAGAAGCUGGAGGCCAUCUUCCCGGGGCAGACCUUUCCUGAAACCCCCGAGCCCGAGUCCACGGCGACCGAGGAGAAGCAGGACGUGGAAUCUGACGACUCCGGCGACGACUUUGUUCAGCCCAGGCGCAAACGGUUAAAACUCAUACAGGAGGAGGACGUGCUUCACAUCAAGUGAGGGAACCUGAGGAAGGACAGAGCAGUCUUCCCAUAUCACUUGUGUGUGAGGAGGGGAAACUACAAGGUCAAAGAACAGCUGCCUUCACUGAAAUCCUGCAUCGUUUCCAUGGACUCUUGUACAUACUUUGUGUUUGGACUUUUUUUGUUAAAUUAACAAAUGUUGGGUUUUUUUAAUCGCCCGUUUUGUUGUGGACUCGAUGUGUUCUGUAAAGCAUCCCCCUCCUCUCCAUGUAUAAUAUCUCAACACUGUAACCUGCCGCUCAUUUGUAUGGACGAGUGUAAAUAAGAGUUUAGCUGACUGAAGGUAUUCCUGCAGUAUACGCGUGUCAUGGAUACAACCACGGAAAUAUAUUAAAGAGAUUGUGAAGAGUUCCGGGAGCAUCUGUGUCUCUUAAACCGUUUUGGCCAAAGGCGGCAGACACCCUGGAAAGGUCACCUGUAAACUUAUUUGACUUGUCUCAAAGGGCUUCCUACAUCGUCUGUGAACCGUCUACAUGUGACUUCAAAGUUCGGCGCUGACAUCAGCGCAGUCUUUUGCUGAGUGGUAGGUUUGAGUUGGUCAGGUGACUCCUUCACUGAAGGAAGGAAGUCAGGUUUAUCUUUCUCCUUAAGGCAGACAUUGGAUUCCUCUCUUGAUAGGUUUGAUUGUUCCGUCUUGGUUCAGCCAUGUGGGGGGGAGACUUCUUGUAAGUGCUCUUGUAUCGUUGGUUGUAUCACACAUUUUAAAUUGAGCUUCUUAGGUGUCUGCAUAUAG